AUGAAGCCCGUCAAGAGAAGCAGGAUCUCCAAUGACAAACUUUCUUCUACUGGAGGAAGCUUCUUCGAUCACCUGCCUGAUGAGAUUGUUGUAUCCAUUCUUGCUUUACUAUCCUCAUCUGCGAACACUCCAGCCGACCUCGCCGCCGCAGCUAUGACAGAUAGGAGGUUCAGUCAGCUUGCACAAAGCAAGCUCGUUCUCAACAAGGCGUCCAUGGGUUGCCUAGCUGUCCGAGCAAAAAACUGGUCAGAUGCUGCAGACAGGUUCCUACAGAGAUGUGCAGAAGCUGGAAACACAGAAGCUUCAUACAUCCUUGGCAUGAUUAGGUUUUACUGCGCAUGUAGCCGCAGAACCGGAGCAGCUCUAAUGGUUUCUGCUGCCAACGGUGGUCAUCUGGAAGCAAUUUUCUCACUAGCUGUAAUACAGUUCAAUGGUAGCGGUGCCAGAAAACAAGACCGCGACCUCACACUCGGAGCUGGUCUGUGCGCACGCGCAGCAAAACUAGGGCACGUCGACGCAACAAUAGAGCUUGGGCACUGCUUGAUGGAUGGAUACGGUGUGACCAGCUCCCCUUUAAAUGGUCGCCUUCUUCUGCAUCGAGCGAAGCAGCUGGACGCCGAGAGCGAAAGACAGCAGGCAAGCCUCGGCACCCUAUACCAGAAGACGCACCAUGCAAACUUGUUCUUGUCUGAAUGGUUUUCGCUGAGCACAGAUGCAAGGAAUGGAUCGUACUAUAGCGAAACGUCGCUGACUGAACUGCUUGUUGCUGAUGGAAACAUGCGUCCAUGCUCGAACGCUAUGUGUGGUAGACAGGAGACAAGGAUGCACGAGUUCAGGCGUUGUUCUGCCUGCGCAUCGGUCAAUUACUGCUCCCGUGCGUGCCAGACUGCUGACUGGAAAUUCAGGCACCGUUCGGGCUGCACGCCUAGAAACCAGGGUAUCAAUCACAACGGUAACCAGGACAAUGUUGAACAAGUACAGCCGGAAGGAGGACACGCUGGCGCACAUGAUGUCUGA